AUGGAUUCUACAGAUCCCUAUAGUAACUCGCAUGGCUUUGUUAACCUCUUAACUAGUGAACUAGUUAAUGAGAGUCUCUCGCCAUGUGUAGACCUUGGAUCAUCAGAAAUGCCUCUCUUAAGUAGCCAAACUUCUGAUGAUCCAAUGGUCACCAAAGAUACAAAGAAGCGCAGGGAAAGAAGGCAAUGGUCACCGAAGGAGGAUGUGGUUUUGAUCAGCGCUUGGCUUAACACCUCCAAGGAUCCGAUGACAGGGAAUGAGCAAAAAGCUGGUGCUUUUUGGAAGAGGAUUCAAGAUUACUUCAACGCUAGUCCGCAGCUUGUAGGAUUGCAAAACAGAGAGCUUAGUCAUGUGAAGCAGAGGUGGGAUGCUACGAGGCUGCUCUGA